GGCAGUAGCGGGAGGCUUUCCCUCAAAAAUUUCAAAACACUCUUUCGCGGUAAAAAAAAAAAAAAGCUUCACUGGCCGUACAAAAGUUUCAGAUCCAACCUAUCCUCGCAGUAAUUGUUCCGCAUCCAAUCCACCUAUCGAAGAAUCAAACAGCAAAUGGGGAUCAAAGAUCUUCUCAGAUUCAUGAAACCCUACGUUGAGCCCAUUCACAUCAAGAAAUAUGCACACAAACGCGUGGGCAUUGAUGCUUAUUCAUGGCUUCACAAAGGAGCCUAUUCAUGUAGUAUGGAGCUCUGUCUGAAUACGGAAGGAGACAAAAAGUAUCAAUACAUAAACUACUGUAUGCAUCGAAUCAAUAUGCUUCGUCAUCAUAAUAUUACUCCGGUGCUAGUUUUUGAUGGUGGUAACAUCCCCUGCAAGGCCCUAACAGAGCAACAAAGACACAGUAAAAGGAAAGACAAUCGUGAAUUAGCAAUGGCGAAGCUCAAAGAAGGCGAUACAAAUGCUGCAAUAGAGAUGUUCCAGAGGGCAGUGAGCAUUACACCAUUAAUGGCACACCAACUUAUUCAGAUUUUAAGAUCAGAGAAUAUAGAGUUUGUAGUCGCACCGUAUGAGGCGGAUGCACAAUUAGCGUAUUUAUCCAGUCUUGAUGCUGACAAAGGUGGAAUUGCAGCAGUUAUAUCAGAGGACAGUGAUCUUCUUGCCUAUGGUUGCUCCUCUGUUAUUUUCAAGAUGGACCGAUAUGGCAAUGGGGAAGAGAUAGUUAUAGAUAAAGUUUUUGAUUCAGUGGGACGUCUACCUUCCUUCCUACACUUCGACAAAGAGUUGUUCACUGGCAUGUGCGUUCUAGCUGGAUGUGAUUUUCUUCCAUCUGUGCCUGGAAUUGGGAUUGCGAAGGCUCAUGCUUUGGUUUCUAAGUAUCGUAAUUUAGACCGUGUCCUAUCUGUCUUAAAGUAUGAUAAAGGAGAUCAAAUGCCCAAAGACUAUUUCACAUCUUUUAGAGAAGCAUUAGCUGUUUUUCAGCAUGCCAGAAUCUAUGAUGCAGAUUCAAAAAGGUUAAAACACUUGACACCACUUGGAGAAACGCUUCUAAAUUAUUCGGAUGAAGAGCUUGAUUUCCUUGGACCUGAAUUAUCAUCUUCACAAGCUUCUGCAAUUGCCGAAGGUCAACUGGACCCUUGUACCAUGAUGGGGUUUAAUGAGUUUCCUAGCUGUAACGGUCAACCAAAAAAAUCAAUUGCAGUCAACAACCGGUCCAUGAAACAAGAAGCAACCACAGAGGGCUGCUUUCCCAUCGUCUCAUCUAGUAAACCCGGAACCAAAAAGAUUACAGUGGUGGACAGAACUAAGCCUGAACCCAGUUUAGAACGAUUAUCGAAUCUUAAACAGUUGAUAUCUCCAUCAAACAACGAUAUUCACGUGAAUCCUGCCAAAAGAUCGUCAGUGGUUCCUAAUAACAACCCUUUUAAGAGAAAGAAAGAAUCGACGGUGCUGAAUGAAUGUGCUACUGAACAUUCAGAGGUUACAGAAGUCGAAGAUCUGGAAAUGACACCCAAUUCUCAGAAAAGCGUAGAGUCUAAAAAGAAGGUAACAAGUGGAAAGAAAGCUGAAAGCAAAUCAGAGAGCAACAAAAACACCAUCUUGAAUUUUUUCUCAAGGGUGUAAGAUGCACUUUUUGCUACAUUGUUAAGAGUCUAAGCUUGAUUAAUUUGAAUCUAGAGCCCAGUGCUUGUAACUUUGACCGAAAAUCGUUUUGCCUGGCUUAGUUCUAAGAUGGAACAAGGUUUUGUCAUUUGCUUGUUUCGAAAUACUGCAUAACCAUAAGUGAUUCAAUUUAAUCGCUGUUGAAGGUGGCGAUACGGAUGUUGUAUGUCGUGUAUGUAAUCUAGAGUUUCAUAUCCAUCAAACAGGUUUUAGUUAA